AUGGCAGACAACAUUGAAUCCCUUGCUCGUUCGAUCCCAGAUCCGAUCUCCAUACAACCUCGCGAUCUCUCUCCUUCCCCGUCUUUGUCGCCGACUCCCGCUAUUUCAUCCUGCCCUUCUCCUGAUCGGACGUUCUCUACAGUAUCCUCGGUCUCAAAUUUAUCAGGCGAUGGAGGAUCCUCGGUUUCCACGUCCUCCCGGAGACGUGGCUAUAUCAGACCCCAAGGCGCUGUAUUUGCAGAGUCUGCAAAAAAUCGCGAGAGCGUAAUGAGUUUAGGGAGCAUCGCGCAUUUACAGUAUUACUUUGCUCGAACGGGGCUAUUGGAUGGUAAAGGCGGACAGUUGGCCCGUGCAAAAAAGAGACGGGAUUCUGAUAUUCCUAAGCUCAUGUUGACUCAACAGACGCAUUUUGGCGGGGAUUUGACUGAAAGUCCCAUCGAGGAAGUCAGCGAUUUGGCGGAAGAAUGGGAUGAAAAUGAACCGGCCAUGCUACCUCCAACCGUGAGCACAUAUAGUGUUCGCACGCACCACAUCCCUCCCCCGAUAGACAUUGAAGAGCUUAGAAGGGAUCUACAGUCCGCCUUGGAUAAAGCCAGAAACGUCUUAACUGCUACGAGAGAUCAACUGGCAGCCCAGGCUUCUGCACCCGUAUCGAGUGACCAGACGCCUGAAAAUAUGUCGGAUGCUGCAGAGGAAACGUCUGAAAACCCACCAUUAACGAAGCCUCCGCAGGGAUGGCAUGAGAUCGAAGGCAUGCAUAUUCUCGAUGUGGUAACCCUUGCUAUUCGAGCUGCUAGAAUCUACUACACUUCUCAUGAAAAUCCAGUACGCUUAGACUCUAUCAAGAGCGAGAAGAAAAUCCGUGACGAGCUGCUUGGUAUUUUGGACGUAUUGAGAAAAUGGGCAGGGCGAAAUUUUGUGGGUGGGUUAAAGGAAGAAGAAAGAAACGUUAUGCUUGGAUGGAUAGCGGGAGUGGAAGCGAUGGUUGGCAAAGAAAGGGAGCUUGAAGAGGCGGAUAUACAAAAGAGGGCCAGCUGGAUCUGGGCGAGCGGAGAUUGGUCAGGGCGAGAGCGCGAGAGGGAGCAGGCGUUCCUUCAAAGCUUUGAGGAGUCCGAGGCGAUACCCGCAUGGGAACCUGCCGAAGAUUGUCCCCUUCCCACACAGUUUCUCUCUCGCUGGCAGGAUGGUCGACGCCUUGUGCGAUUACAUAACGCAGCUGUCAGGAUGUCAAAGCGUCCUUUUGGAGAAAUUAGAACCUUCCAUGAAGAUGUCGGAAAACCGUACCGAAUGGCUGACAAUAUUCGCUACUGGGCCAAGGCCGCUGAAAUUCGAUGGGAGAUCAAACUUGAUGUAGACGCGUUGGCGGUUGUCAAUGGAGACAGCGAUGAGGCAUGGAGGAAACUUGACCAGGCGCUGUUUAAGUGGUGUCAAGGUGUUCGAGAAGAGCUGAUCCGGGAUUGGACAAAGAAAAAUCCGGAUCCAAUAUUAUCCAUCGUUCCGCCAGACGAGUCUGAGGUAUGA